AUGGAACCAUUUACAUUGCAUGAUAUGCUCAUAAACUCAACAAAUCUUAAUAAGAUAUUAUGUGACUCUGGAAUCAAGAAUGUCUCAGAGUGUGAAGAUGAAAGCGAGACGGCUCCUGAACCGAAAGGUAACCAAUCCUAUUGAUAAUCAUAAAUUGGGGGAAAUUAAAUUAACAAAAAGUAAACUAAUUGUACAUAUCUUUUAAAUCUAAAUAACUAUGUUUUAGUGGAGAUAUUGAUGAAAAGUCAUAAAACGGUUUUAUUUUGAGAUCAUAACACUCCCCAGCCUGUUACACACACGUUGUGUCAUUUGUUUUUGUUUGUGAAAAUAUAUUUUGUCUCAAAUAAUACAUAUUUUAAACAGAGCGACCCUUUGGACACCACCAAGCAGGGCCACUGCGCUUUACGCGCGGUUGAAGUAGCAUGCGUUCUUUCGGCUCCUCUGCUUGGAUGGAGUGCCCGAGGGCUGAAUAUCAUUAUUUAAACAUAAAUUAAUACUAUAAGUUAGUACCAGAUCAACACGUAUUGUAUAUUUGCUUAAGUCAAAAUGGUCUGACUGUUACAUUGACGGAAAUGAUCUCUGAAUUAUCAUUGAAAUUAAGCUGAUAUGUAUAAUAUAGAUCUAUAAUCAUUAAAAUAUUAAAUACGAGACAGGACAUGUUGAAUUUAGUGUUGCUAAUUCAAGCACCACAUUUGCACACACUGUUCCCCUGAGUGAUGCGGCCAACCAGAACUGACUCCAACUGAAUUCCAGCUUGCCUUUACUAACGCUGGCUCUAAAAUAACCAGGAUGAGUAAUGCACAACAAAAAUAUUUUAUAAUCGAAUUAGGAUACACUUAAAUGAACGUCAACCUCUUUACACAAGGGCCAUGCCAUUAAAAACAGACAAUUAAUUUAUUAUUUGAAAGUUAAGACAUUGAUCAUGAUGAUCUAAAUAAUAUAGGGAUGAUAAUGAUGUUGAUUAUUAUUAAGAUAAGGAUGUUUAUGAUAAUGAUUAUGACAACGAUAAUAAUAAUAAUAAUAAUAAUAAUAAUAAUAAUGAUGCUCUGGAUAAGAGCGUCUGCUAAAUGACUAAAAUGUAAAUGUAAAUGAUGAUCAGGACAAUUAUCACAACAAUGAUGUUGACCAAUUCUCUCUCCUCUGUAUAGAUUUGAACCAGACGGUACGUAUCUUCCUCUAUAGCCUCAUCUUCCUUGUCAGCGUUCUGGGUAACAGCCUGAUCAUCGCCGUGUUGGUCAGGAACCGCCGCAUGCGCACCGUCACCAACCUGUUCCUGCUCUCCCUGGCCGCCAGCGACCUGAUGCUCUGCCUCUUCUGCAUGCCCUUCACCCUCAUCCCCAACCUCAUGAGGGACUUUGUGUUCGGCUCGGGCAUCUGCAAGGUGGCCAUGUACUUCAUGGGUGAGUUUACUGUACACAGGUCAUGACCCUGGUGCCGAUAUGGUACUUGAGAAACAAGGUUGUGGCCAUGUACUUCAUGGGUGAGUUUACUGUACACAGGUCAUGACCCUGGUGCCGAUAUGGUACUUGAGAAACAAGGUUGUGGCCAUGUACUUCAUGGGUGAGGGAUGCACUGUACACAGGUCCUGACCUGGCACCGUAUUCACAGAGCGUAUCAUAGUUGGAGUGCUGAUCGAGGAUCUGUCCAUAUUGAAAACAUUGAAUUCAGUGAGUUACAACCUAACCCUGGUCCGAGGUACUUGAAACAAGGUAUGUACUCAGGGAGAGUCGCACUGUACACAGGUACUGCAUUUCCGGCGUAUCAUGUGAGUUGAUCGAGGAUCUGUCAUAUAUUAAUUCAUUAAAUUAAAGGCACUGUUCUGGCACUCCACACUUUGUUUUACUUAUGUUUUUUUUGGGGUACUUUUUCACCCCAAUUUCGUGAUAUCCAAUUAGUAGUUACAGUCUUGUCCCAUCGCUGCAACUCCCGUAUGGACUCGGGAGAGGCGAAGGUCAAGAGCCACGCGUCCUCCGAAACACGACCCCCGCCAAGCCGCACUGCUUCUUGACACACUGCUCGCUUAACCCGGAAGCCAGCCGCAACAAUGUGUUCGGAGGAAACACCGUCCAGCUGACGACCCAAAGUCAACGUAGCACUCCUACUCCGAGAGGCUUGGUGGAUACGGGCCAUGGUCACGUUUUCACAAAGCGUAAUGGGUUUGUCUGUUGGGAUUUCCGUGGUACUGCAAUAGAAGGUGUUUACAUGCUCAUAGUUAAGGUAUGUGUACUGUAUUGUACAUGAUCAGUAGGGUCAGAAACAUGCAUGGUCUCACCUUGUUAUUGUCUUCUACACUGAUGUCACUCACUUCAAGGGGUCAGGUAAGGGAAGUGAGUACAGUAGGUUCUGUCCACAUAACCACAUAGGAAGAUACCUUUAAGUUCCAACCACUCACUCACCGAACUAUCAUGAACACAUGGGGGGGGGGGGGCUGAUAAUAGAAAAUCAACAGAGAAGCAGAUCCCAGAAUCCAUUGAGACAAUAAAACCUCCCUUUUGUCUCUGACCUGGUGCCCAGUGUGAAGAGACACCAAAUAAAGUAAUCUGAUAGCCUACAUUCUUGUCUAUUGGUUCCCCCAUCGCCUCUCCUCCACCGGGGCUGUAAAUAUACUGGCCCGUCUCCUGAUUUACUCGGAGCAGAAAGGUCCAGGUCACAAGGCAAGAAGAUGAGGAAGAAGAGUGAUGUUUGUUGUUGACAAGUGUCUCAAUGACUUGAAACUCUCAGGCACAGAAAUAUCAAUGUCUAUCUAGUUGAUGAUCCAUUCUCUAGAGCCAUUUAUAGUCAAGGCUGUACCGUUCUCAUGCUUGAUAACCCGCUAGAAAACAUUCCAUUGAUAUUUUUUGUCUAGAUUUUGUAUGGAUAGACAGGUCCCGGAUACAGCAUAGCCCUAUGCAUAGCUGGAAUUUUAAGCGCUCUUGUAGUUCAAAUCUUUUUCAACAAUAUUUCCUGACUGGAUAUUACAUGGAUAUAUCCUAGGUAAAUGCAUUUCUAUCAGCUGGUUUAAGUCUGUAUUAUUCAAUGUCUUUGGGAACAUUUUCUACUUUUGGUGUUUGUUAAUAGUCAGAUAGUUCACAGCCUUCCUGAUCUGCGGUGAGAUCACGGCCAUGUCAGUAGCGAUGAUUACCUCAUCUGUCACGGUGUGUAUUUAUUGGUGCCGUUGUUCGUUAUUAUGACUUUGUGAGUUUGGUAACGUCCACCGGUUAACGGAUGGGGUUGUUGAUCAUCCACAAGUGCUGGAACUUACCUCUGUACUUUACGAGCGUGUAGAGACAAAGUGACUAGCCAUGAAAGUGUCAGGCCAGCUAUUAGAAGUAUUACUGUAGAGAAAGUGUCAGGCCAGCUAUUAGAAGUAUUACUGUAGAGAAAGAGUCAUUCCCACCUGCUGUAUGUACAGUAUUACAAUAGACAUUGUACAGGGUUUAAAGGGGCAAUCUGCGAUUGCUACAUUCAUUUUUGGACUUUUAAAUUAAUGAUAUACAGUAUACCCUGAUUCUUGAAAAAUGUAACUUAUAAAUGCCUCAUGAGCUUAGUUUAACUGAGUGUACUGCAUUAGCAUCGAACAGUCCCCGCGAUAUGCAACUUUUCAGGGAAGUCAGGAACCAAUAUACACAAUCAGUUAGGAAAGCAAAGGCUAGCUUUUUCAAACAGAAAUGUGCAUCCUGUAGCACUAACUUCAAAAAGUUUUGGGACACUGUAAAGUCCAUGGAAAAUAAGAGCACCUCCUCCCAGCUACCCACUGCACUGAGGCUAGGAAACACUGUCACCACCGAUAAAUCUACGAUAAUCGAGAAUUUCAAUAAGCAUUUUGCUACGGCUGGCCAUGCUUUCCAUCUGGCUACCACUACCCCGGCCACCAGCUCUGCACCCUCCACUGCAACUUGCCCAUGCCCCCCCGCUUCUCCUUCACCCAAAUUCAGACAGCUGAUGUUCUGAAAGAGCUGCUAAAUCUUGACCCCUACAAAUCAGCUGGGCUAGACAAUCUGGACCAUUUCUUUCUAAAAUGAGCUGCCGAAAUUGUUCAACCUCUCUUUCGUAUCGUCUGAGAUCCCCAGAGAUUGGAAAGCUGCCGCGGUCAUCCCCCUCUUCAAAGGGGGUGACACUCUAGAUCCAAACUGUUACAGACCUAUAUCCAUCCUGCCCUGCCUUUCGAAAGUAUUUGAAAGCCAAGUUAACAAACAGAUCAUCGACCAUUUCGAAUCCCACCGUACCUUCUCCGCUAUGCAAUCUGGUUUCCGAGCUGGUCAUGGGUGCACCUCAGCCACGCUCAAGGUCCUAAACGAUAUAAUAACCGCGAUUGAUAAAAGACAGUACUGUGCAGCUGUCUUUAUCGAUCUGGCCAAGGCUUUUGACUCAACCACCGCAUUCUUAUUGGCAGACUAAAUAGCCUUGGUUUCUCAAAUGACUGCCUCGCCUGGUUCACCAACUACUUCUCAGAUAGAGUUCAAUGUGUCAAAUCGGAGGGCCUGUUGUCUGGAGCUCUGGCAGUCUAUGGGGGUGCCACAGGGUUCAAUUCUCGGGCCGACUCUAUUCUCUGUGUAUAUCAAUGAUGUCGCUCUUGCUGCUGGUGACUCUCAGAUCCACCUCUACGCAGACGACACCCUUCAUUGGACACUGUGUUAACAAACCUCCAAACGAGCUUCAAUGCCAUACAGCACUCCUUCCAUGGCCUCCAACUGCUCUUAAACGCUAGUAAAACUAAAUGCAUGCUCUUCAAUCAAAUGCUGCUUGCACCCGCCCGACUAGAAUCACUACUCUCGGCAGGUCUGACUUAGAAUAUGUGGACAACUACAAAUACCUAGGUGUCUGGUUAGACUGUAAACUGUCCUUCCAGACUCACAUUAAGCAUCUCCAAUCCAAAGUUAAAUCUAGAAUCGGCUUCCUAUUUUGCAACAAAGCCUCCUUCACUCAUGCUGCCAAACAUGCCCUCGUAACACUGACUAUCCUACCGAUCCUUGACUUGGGCGAUGUCAUUUACAAAAUAGCUUCCAACACUCUACUCAUCAAAUUGGAUGUAGUCUAUCACAGUGCCAUCCGUUUUGUCACCAAAGCCCCAUAUACUACCCACCAUUGUGACCUGUACGCUCUCGUUGGCUGGCCCUCACUACAUAUUCGUCGCCAAACCCACUGGCUCCAGGUCAUCAAUAAUUCACUUCUAGGCAAAUCCCCACCUUAUCUUAGAUCAUUGGUCACCAUAGCAACACCCACCCGUAGUAUGCGUUCCAGCAGGUAUCUCUCACUGGUCAUCCCCAAAGCCAACACCUCCUUUGGCCGCCAUUCCUUCCAGUUCUCUGGUGCAAAUGACAGGAACGAACUGCAAAAAUCUCUGAAGCUGGAGACACUUAUCUCCCUCACUAACUUUAAGCAUCAGUUGUCAGAGCAGCUUACCGAUCACUGCACCUGUACACAGCCCAUCUGUAAUUAGCCCACCCAACUACCUCAUCCCCAUAUUGUUUACAUUGUUAUUUAUUUUUCUCAUUUGCACCCCAGUAUCUCUAUUUGCACAUCAUCUUCUGCACAUCUAUCACUCCAGUGUUAAUACUAAAUUGUAAUUAUUUUGCACUAUGGCCUAUUUAUUGCCUUACCUCCAUAACUUACUACAUUUGCACACACUGUAUAUAGAUUUUCUAUUGCGUUAUUGACUGUAAGUUUUGUUUAUUCCAUAUGUAACUCUGUGUUGAUGUUGUUUUUAUCGCACUGCUUUGCUUUAUCUUGGCCAGGUCACAGUUGUAAAUGAGAACUUUUUCUCAACUGGCUUACCUGGUUAAAUAAAGGUGAAAUAAAUAUAUUUUUUUUAUAAUAAUGUUACGUACAAAAUCACAGUCGUACAAAAUCACACAUGCUAGUGUAGCCUACAUUCUUGUCUGUUAUCGAUCUAUUAAAUCAGAUUCUAUACUCACUCCUGUGGUAUAAAACUGUGGACCGUUAUCCGUCGUCAUCUCUCCAGGGAUCUCGGUGAGCGUCUCUACCUUCAACCUGGUGGCCAUUUCUCUGGAGCGCUACAGUGCCAUCUGCAACCCCCUGACCUCCCGUACCUGGCAAACCAAGUCCCACGCCGCCAAGGUCAUCUCUGCCACCUGGGUGGUGAGCUUCCUGUUCAUGCUGCCCUACCCAAUCUCCGGCACCCUGGUGCCCUUCACCCGGGUCAACAACAGCACGGGCAACAUGUGCCGCCUGGUCUGGCCCAGUGAUGUCAUCCAGCAGUCCUGGUGAGAGGAGAGUUUAAUUUCGGCAGACGGAUGCCAUCACAAAGAGGGGUUUCAACUGUUAGGUGAUUUUCACUGUAAAUAAUGGAGAGGUCUGUGCAAAAUAUGAAAUGGGAUUUUCAUGUCUAUUACUUUAAGGGGGAAGUAUCUAAUUCAUUGAUUUGUUGGUCUGUUAGAUUAUAGAUACUUAAACAAUCUAAUAAAGAUAAAGGUCAUUGCUGAGCUCAGAGAUCUGUUCUCUGUAAAGUCAAUUCACUUUGAUGCACUGACUGGACACUUGCUUUCGACCAAUUCGGUGACGCCAUCGACCCUUCUUCCUUCCAGGUAUGUGUCCCUGCUGCUGCUGCUCUUCCUGGUUCCUGGGAUCAUGAUGAUGACAGCCUAUGGCCUCAUCUCCCUGGAGCUCUACAGGGGCAUCACGUUUGAGGUGGCCAACAGGAAGUCCAGCAGAGGUACGUAUAUAAAACCUCAACUGACCUCUUGAAAAUGUCCAGCUCUGGCCAUAUUAUCAUGUCAUAUGAAUUUGGUGGCCUCCUUAUUGGUAAUUGUUUACAAUUGGCUAAUCUUUGGUAAAUCUAAUUUGCACGGGGUCAGUCAUUAUUCACAUAUUUUUAUGAGCUAUUACAGAGAUGAUUUCUUUAUCUUUAUUAGAUCCACCUCUGUCAGCUAUAAUUUUUAUUCAGAGAAAUCAACUUUAGUUUAAGUUAAUUUGUAUUCAUCUCUACUGUUAUGAUCUGUCACAGAGAGACAGUACAGCACAGGCAGCAUCAAACCCGGCGACAGCGACGGCUGCUACCUUCAGCCCACCAAGAAGAAGAAGGGCGAACUCGCCCACCUCCAGAACCCUCCGUCGACCCCCAGCUCUAACGUGACCAUCAACGGCAGAGACAACACGGGCAGUGCUAGCACCAAGUCCAAGCUGAGUCGCGUGUGCAGCAACAGCUCCACCUGUAAUCUGAUGGCUAAGAAGCGUGUGAUCCGCAUGCUCCUGGUCAUCGUCUGUCUCUUCUUCCUCUGCUGGAUGCCCGUGUUCGCCGUUAACGCCUGGCGGGCCUUCGACCGCCGCUCUGCCGACAAGCUCCUCUCGGGGGCGCCGAUAUCCUUCAUCCACCUGUUGUCGUACACCUCCGCUUGUGUCAACCCCAUUAUAUACUGCUUCAUGAAUAAGCGUUUCCGCCAAGGGAUUCUGUCCACCUUCACCUGCUGUAGCCGCCCCAAGGGUGGUGGGGUUGGGAGGAGGAUGGGGACGGGGAGAGGGGGAGGAAGAGGAGGGACGAGGAGCGGAGAGGAGAACGGGCACACGCCGCCUAGAGGUAACAACACGCGCUUCACCUACAGUAGCAUCCGUGGUUCCGCCCAGGCUUAG